AUGGAUGAUUCAUCGAUUAAUCCAUUACUACUUACUUCAUCUGCUCAUCUGGAAAAUGUUGAACAACUUAUUAGAAAUCUUGAAAAACAAACACUUGAUUUAGAUAAUUUUGAAGAUAUACUAAGUAAUCGUAAUCGACAAGAACUUAUAACAAAAUCGUUUACAGCCGUUUCAGCAAAUGCAAUGGGUAUUGAUGAUGUCUCAGAUGAUAAUUUUCUACUCAAGAGUAUUUCAUUAACAAAUACUAAUAUACCUGGUCUUAAUAAUGAAAAUUUAUCUAUGGACAGUUUAUUUAAUCAACGUGAUAUAUUUGAAAAUGAUGAUUAUAAAAAACAACAAACACCACCAGUUGAUCAAAGUUUAUUAAUGGAUCAAGAAGGUGGUUUUACAUGGGAUGAUCAAUAUGAUGCACGUGCAAACUAUCGUUUAACAUUUAGCACUGAUAAACCACAUCAUAUUGAUCCGAAAUCUAAUAAACCUCAUAAACAUAGACAUCAUCAUCACCAUCAUCAUCGUCACCAUCAACAACAACAUAAAUAUCGAACAACUGAUUCACAAGCAAAUUCAACUUAUUCUGAUGAUGGUUUAAAUCCAAGUUUAACAAAUAAUAUGAAUGAUUGGUCAAUGCGUUCCUCAUUAAAUGUAUUAGAACAUUCGAUAUCACAAGAUGAUAAUAAAUCAUCAUCAGCAACAGGAGAUCAUCAACAUGCAACAUUUAAUCGUUCACAAUCUCAUCCAUUAUCAUUUUCUCCUCAACAACAAAUACCAGUUAAUAAUAAUAAUAAUACUUCUCCAAAUUCAUCUACAACAUCAUCAUCAUCAUCCGCAUCAUGGAAACGUAUGAAAGAAAGUCAACGAACAACAUCCGGUAUUGAAACAAAAGAAACUCGACCGCAAUCACCAUUAAGUCUUUAUAAAAUUUUUCAACAAAAAUCACAAACAGCUGCAUCAUCCUCAUCAGCAGCUUCAUCACGUAGUGCAUUUCAAAUUUACCGACAACAAAGUGAUUCAAUUGUUCCUAAUGAUAUGGAUAAUAUGACAGUAUCAGAUGAAAAAAUUCUAUCAGAAAAAUCGAAAUCUUCUUCUUCUUCUUCUCAACAAAAACCACCAUUACGUGUUGAUCGACCAUCAUCACGAACAAAUUCAAGUACAGAUCAAGCUAUACAAACAUCUAUUUUCUUAGAUUCUUCAAUGAACAGUCAAAUGAACAGUCGUUUUCAACCAUCAUCAACAAUGACACCUAAAUCUGAAUCAUAUGAUCAAUUAUCAACAGAUACUCAUUCUCGUCAUCUUACUGUUCCUUCACAUCCAUCACCAUUACCAAAUUCUUCAUCUACAAUUCAUAAAUCUCUUCCUGAUCUUGCCUUUAUUUCUCAAUACUCAAAAGAAUUACCUCGAUCUCGUACGACAUCACCAUUACCACCAUCAUCUUCUAUGAAUUCAACUAAUACAGCAUCUUCGUCAAUGACAAAUCAACAACAACAACAAAUGCAAGACUCUGAACGACCACGUACACUUAAAGCUAUUAAACGUUAUAAAAACAGUAAACAUUCAACAGAACCUUUGGGAGUUUUCUAUAGUCCACAAUUACGUAAGACAUUUGCUGCUGUACCAGCUUCAGCAGUUAUUAAUAAUGGAUCGAAUGAAGAACGUACAAUAAUUAAAAUGAAACUACCACCACCAUCUUCAUAUCCAACAAGACAACAGCAAAAUUCAGCUCUUAAAUCUUGUCUUAAAUAUGGAUCAAGAGCAAAUUCAUGUGAUAUUCAAGCUAUGUUACAAGAUAGAAGAUCACCAGCACCAGUAUUAUCUAUACCUGAACCAAUAAUUAACACAGAAUCAUUGUCUCCUUCAUCAAAACGUCGUUGUUCAGAAGCUGAUGCUGCAUUAAAUCCUCAGAAUAAUAUAUGGCCAUCAGAUAUGCAUACUACCGGUUCAUCAAAUGAUUUAAAUAAUUAUGUAUUACCAGAUUAUUCUCGUGGACAUCGUUCGGAUCAUGACUUAACAGCAUUACAACAAAAUCAAACAAAGAAAAGUGUUAGCUUUUCAGAAAAUAUUGCGAAACAGCUUAUUUCACCAUGUAAUCCUGCAAUUCAGUUUGAUCCAGCACCAGAAAUAUUUGUUAAUGAUUUUGAUACAAAUAUGAAUGAUGAACUAGCUAUGGCAUUACAUGGAGAUAAAGAUACGUCAACAAGAAAGAUUACUUCACGUUACGGUGAAAUGCGUCGAUGUCAAACGGAUAUUAUUGUUGUCGAUCGUAUUCAUCAUUUACAUUCAUUUACUGAAAGUCCACCGAAUGAAUUUUGCUUUCAAGAAACUGAUAGUCUUGCAUCUGAACAUGAAGAUGAUCAAGCUAUUAUGGAAAGGACUCAUGUAAAUAUUAUACCAAAUCUUGAUGAACCUAUGCCAAUAACUUCUACUGUUGACGAAUCGAAAGCAACAAUCGAAAAAAUGACAUCUUCCAAUGAUAAAGAAAAUAAAAUGCCUGAACAAUCAGUAAUUAUGAAUGCAUCUACAGUAACAUUAAUUGAAACAAAUGAUCCAGCUCUUGAUGGUAUUUUAGAACGAACAAAUCGUAUUGUAAAACGUAUAUUUGAAAUAAAAAUAUCCGACACAGCAUUUUUUCUUACGAAUGAACAUCAUCCUCAAUUGGAUAGUAUAAUUAAAGAUGAUUUGUGUACAGUUCUUCGAAAUCUUCUUGAACAUGGUCUUCACCCACAACAAAAAGAUCUUCCACUAGCGAAACAAAUUACAUUAUGGAAAAUAAUUGAAACAGUGAUUGAACAAGGACAAGCUCUUCAUACAUUUCAUGAAGCUAAAAAUAUUGUUCAAAAUAUUUCACCAUAUUGGCUAUAUAAAUUUCAAGCAUUUGUUUAUAUAUUAUUAAAUAAAAAUGAACUUAUUAAUUGGCUUUAUCAUUUCAUGAAACAAAAAUUUAUUUUACCACGUUAUUAUAAAUCUGAUGCUCUGAUUUUAACGGCUACACCACCAAUGUUUAAUUUAUUCGAUCGUCUUAUGAGUCAAUUAGAAAAACUUUCUCCGCUUGCAUUUCGUUUAACUUAUAAACUAGACCCUAUUCCAGCGGAUAUCAAUGAACAAUUAAUGGCAUCAACAAUUAGUAUGAAUUCAACAAAAAGUAGUGUACGAGAGUGGGCUGCGACUAUGUCAAGACGCGCUUCAAAAAGUUUAACUCAAUCUAUUGCUCAACCAGCUACUCCUCCGCCUCUUCCUCCUCCUUCUACUACUACUACGACUGCUGGAAAUACUCAACCAAAUGAUACAUUACGUUCAACAUUUACACGUAAAUUAAAUUCUCUAUUUACGAGGGCAAAUCCAACACCAACAACAACAUCAAGAAAAACUUCUUCCGCAGUAACUGCUAAACUACCAUCAUCUAGACCACACAUAGGUGGAGCAGCAUCGCCAGCAUCAGCACACCGACCACGUUUAUCAAAUGUAUUUGCUAAUGCAACAGCUGCAGCCACACCUAAUAAACCAGUUAUUGUUUCUACUCAAAAAGUUAAUAAUACAAAUCGUACAGGUGUAAUGAGACGAGGUAUUUCACCAUCUGUCGUUGUUGCACCAUCACCUCCACCAACAUUGAAUGCUACUGGAGCAACAUCAGCAACACCGUCAACAACAACAACAUUCCAAUCGAAAAUUCCACGUCCAUCAUUAAAUGUUGAUAAACCAAAAUCGGCCCGGUAUCGAUCCACAGCAGCUCCGCCCAAAUGA